AUGUCCGAGGCUGGCGGGGCCGGGCCGGGCGGCGGCGGGGCGGGGGCCGGGCUCGGGGCGCUGCCCCCACCGCCCCCCGCGCCCCCCGCGCCCCCGCCCGCGCCGCCGCAGGGCUCCCCUGGCGCCGCCGCCGCCGCCGGGGGCUCGGGCGCCUGCGGACCGGCGACGGCGGUGGCGGCGGCGGGCACGGCCGAGGGGCCGGGAGGCGGCGGCUCGGCCCGGAUCGCAGUGAAGAAGGCGCAGCUGCGCUCCGCUCCGCGGGCCAAGAAACUGGAGAAACUCGGCGUGUACUCCGCCUGCAAGGCUGAGGAAUCUUGUAAAUGUAAUGGCUGGAAAAACCCCAACCCUUCUCCCACUCCCCCCAGAGCCGACCUGCAGCAAAUAAUUGUCAGUCUGACGGAAUCCUGCCGGAGCUGUAGCCAUGCCCUCGCCGCUCACGUUUCCCACCUGGAGAAUGUGUCAGAGGAAGAAAUGAACAGACUCCUGGGAAUCGUGUUGGAUGUGGAAUAUCUCUUUACCUGUGUCCACAAGGAAGAAGAUGCAGAUACCAAACAAGUUUAUUUCUACCUAUUCAAGCUCUUGAGAAAGUCUAUUUUACAAAGAGGAAAACCUGUGGUUGAAGGCUCUUUGGAGAAGAAACCCCCAUUUGAGAAACCUAGCAUUGAACAGGGUGUGAAUAACUUUGUACAGUACAAAUUUAGUCACCUGCCAUCCAAAGAAAGGCAAACAAUAGUUGAGUUGGCAAAAAUGUUCCUGAACCGCAUCAACUAUUGGCAUCUGGAGGCUCCAUCUCAACGAAGACUGCGAUCUCCCAACGAUGAUAUUUCUGGAUACAAGGAGAACUAUACAAGGUGGCUGUGUUACUGCAACGUGCCCCAGUUCUGUGACAGUCUGCCUCGGUACGAGACCGCCCAGGUGUUCGGGAGAACCUUGCUCCGCUCUGUCUUCACCGUGAUGAGACGACAGCUCCUGGAACAGGCGAGGCAGGAAAAAGACAAACUGCCACUCGAGAAACGGACUCUAAUCCUCACCCAUUUCCCAAAGUUUCUGUCUAUGUUAGAAGAAGAAGUUUAUAGUCAAAACUCUCCCAUCUGGGAUCAGGAUUUUCUCUCAGCUUCUUCCAGAACCAGCCAGCUAGGAAUCCAAACAGUUAUCAAUCCACCUCCUGUGGCCGGGACAGUUACCUUCAAUUCAAACUCAGCUUCCCUUGAGCAACAGAAUGGAGGGAGCAACAGUCCUUCCUGUAAAGGCGCUUCUGGGCUUGAGGCAAACCCAGGAGAAAAGAGGAAAAUGAAUGACUCUCAUGUUUUGGAGGAGGCCAAGAAACCCCGAGUGAUGGGCGAUAUUCCACUGGAAUUAAUCCACGAGGUCAUGUCCACCAUCACGGACCCUGCAGCGAUGCUCGGGCCAGAGACCAAUUUUCUGUCAGCACACUCGGCCAGGGACGAAGCGGCAAGGAUGGAGGAGCGCAGGGGUGUGAUUGAAUUUCACGUAGUGGGCAAUUCCCUGAACCAGAAGCCCAACAAGAAGAUACUGAUUUGGCUGGUGGGGCUGCAGAAUGUGUUUUCCCAUCAGCUGCCCCGGAUGCCAAAGGAGUACAUCACACGGCUUGUCUUUGACCCGAAACACAAAACCCUUGCUUUAAUUAAAGACGGCCGUGUUAUUGGUGGUAUCUGUUUCCGAAUGUUCCCAUCCCAAGGAUUCACAGAGAUUGUUUUCUGUGCUGUAACCUCAAAUGAGCAAGUCAAGGGCUAUGGAACGCACCUGAUGAACCAUUUGAAGGAAUAUCACAUAAAACAUGACAUCCUGAACUUUCUCACCUAUGCAGAUGAAUAUGCAAUUGGAUAUUUCAAGAAGCAGGGUUUCUCCAAAGAAAUUAAAAUCCCUAAAACCAAAUAUGUUGGCUACAUCAAGGAUUAUGAAGGAGCCACUUUAAUGGGAUGUGAGCUAAAUCCACGGAUCCCAUACACGGAAUUUUCUGUCAUCAUUAAGAAGCAGAAGGAGAUCAUUAAAAAGCUGAUAGAAAGAAAACAAGCCCAGAUUCGGAAAGUCUACCCGGGACUUUCCUGUUUUAAAGAUGGAGUCCGGCAGAUCCCGAUAGAAAGCAUUCCUGGAAUUCGAGAGACAGGCUGGAAACCGAGUGGAAAAGAGAAAAGUAAAGAGCCCAAAGACCCCGACCAGCUUUAUAGCACGCUCAAGAGCAUCCUCCAGCAGGUGAAGAGCCAUCAAAGCGCUUGGCCCUUCAUGGAACCCGUGAAGAGAACAGAAGCUCCGGGAUAUUAUGAAGUUAUAAGGUUCCCCAUGGAUCUGAAAACCAUGAGCGAACGCCUCAAGAAUAGGUACUACGUGUCUAAGAAAUUAUUCAUGGCAGACUUACAGCGCGUCUUUACCAAUUGCAAAGAGUACAACCCCCCUGAGAGUGAAUACUACAAAUGUGCCAAUAUCCUGGAGAAAUUCUUCUUCAGUAAAAUUAAGGAAGCUGGAUUAAUUGACAAGUGAUAUUUUUUUCCCUCUGCUUCUUAGAAACUCAUCAAGCAGUGUGCCUAAAGCAUGGUUUAGUUUUACAAAGAAUUGGACAUAAUGUAUUGAAGAUACUUGUAAUAAUUAGCACUUUUAAAAAACAAACAGAACACCUCCUCUUAGCUUUUUAGAUAUGUAUUUAAAUUGAAG